GCCUGGCUUCGGUGCAUUCGCGUUGACACUACGCACGUUAGGAGGACAAGCCUUCCUUGGGUUGCACGACUACCGGCCAUGGCAUGCUGACAAGGGUUGCUUGAGCCUACCGCAUGGAUUGCUCCUAUCUCGGCUGCAUGUACAUAAACGGAGUUCUUAAGCCCUGUGUCGCCGCGCGUUGGAUCCCUGACGUGCUUUGAGCAUUCCACGACAGCGAAAACUGAUCCUUAGUGCAGUGAUUGACAACGCAGACAUGUCUGAGAAGAAGGUCGAGGAGUCGACUGUCGGAGAACAGAAUGUGGACUAUGGCAUCGGCAAUGUGCGAAACUCGCACACGGCAAGUCGUAGAAAGAGUUCCGCUGUUGAUCCGGCCAUCAUUGCAGGAGAGAUCUUUGAUGAGCGUUAUGAGACCACGCAUCGAGGUCUGAAGUCAAGACAUGCCCAAAUGAUUGCUUUGGGCGGCACAAUAGGCACUGGUCUCUUUGUCGGCUCAGGCCAAACCCUCGCUCGCGGCGGUCCAGCCUUUAUCCUAUCCACCUAUAUCGCCAUGUCCUUCUUGAUCUUUUGCACUGUUGCAGGUAUCAUCGAAGUCGCCGCCUAUCUCCCGACUCCUGGGUCUUCUAUGAACCUCUUCGGAUACCGCUAUGUCUCCCGCUCAAUGGGCUUUGGACUCGGAUGGUUAUACUUUUACUCUCUCGGGAUCUUGGUACCCUACGAGAUUACAGCGGCUGGAUUGGUCAUUGAGUAUUGGAACCCACCCGUGAACAUCGCAGUGUGGAUCACGAUAAUGAUCAUUGUCAUCGUCGGGCUAAAUUGCUUCCCAGUCAAGUUUUACGGCGAGACGGAGUUUUGGUUCGCUGGAACAAAGGUUGUGAUGAUUUUGGGACUGCUUAUCUUGUCUUUCAUCCUAUUCUGGGGCGGUGGUCCCAAGCACGACCGUCUCGGUUUCAGAUACUGGAAGAACCCUGGCGCGGCAAAUACAUAUCUAGAAGAGGGUAAUGCGGGGCGGUUUGUGGCACUGCUAUCUACCAUGGUACUUUCUGCCUUCCCGUUUACAUUUGCCCCCGAGCUUCUUGUAGCAACAGGUGGUGAGAUGCAGUCACCGCGGCGGAACCUGCCUACUGCUGCACGCCGAUAUAUCUACCGUCUUCUUUUCUUCUACGUCGGCAGUGUGCUUGCAAUCGGUGUUAUCUGUCCCUCAAAUGAUCCCAUUAUCACCUCUGGGGGAUCUGGUGCCGGUUCGUCACCAUUCGUCGCAGGCAUCAAGAACGCCGGUAUUCCGGUACUCGACAGCGUUAUCAACGCCGGUAUCAUCAUAAGUGCUUGGUCAUCAGGAAACUCCUUCCUCUUCCUCUCCUCGCGCUCCCUAUAUGCGCUUGCGCUUUCUGGUAACGCGCCCUCCAUCUUCAAAUCAUGCACUAAGUCUGGUGUGCCAUACUGGGCUGUUACAGCGUCUUCACUCUUCUGUGCCCUAGCAUACCUGAACGUAGGCAGCGAGAGCGCCGUCGUCUUUAACUGGUUCGUCAACUUGACAAACACGUCUGGCUUCAUCUCGUGGAUCUGCUGCGGCAUCAUCUUUUUGCGUUUCCGGAAAGCUUGUGAAGCGCAAAAUAUCACCGACCUGCCAUAUCGUUCACCAGUCAACAAGUGGGGAGCUUGGUGCGUUAUCGUUAGCUUCACCUUCCUGUGUUUGAUCAAUGGAUUUGAUGUCUUCUGGCCUGAGAAGUGGGACGUCAGCUCUUUCUUCACUGCAUACGUUGGUAUUCCCAUGUUCUUUUUAUUCUAUGGAGGACACCGGAUCUGGGCCUGGAGCGAUACCUGGGCUUAUGAUCCAGCGGAGGUGGACAUGAAGACAGGCUUGGAUCAGGUUCUCGCUGAGGAAGUACCAGCAAGAACAGUGAAAGGGCCGUGGUGGAAGAAGAUUACAUUGAUCUGGCAGUAGAAAGGAAAGAGGGUUGAUGAAGCUGUGAAGCAAAAGUAGGCAAUUCUCAAUCACCAAG